UGCUGCUGGCCCGAAAGGAGAGCUUCGCCUCGGCACCCCUUUGGCCCGCGGGCGGCUCGGCUUCCUUCCUGCCACUUCCCACAGGGACGGUUCCCCCCAGUGCUUUGUUGUCAGCGUCCCCUUGUUGCUGACCGGAUGUCUUUGGCCCUUCCCUUGCAAAAAUGCCGCUGCUUGGAGCAGCCUUCCUCCUGGCCCCACCGCUGGGAGAAAUCCUUCCUGGGCUUUGUGUGUGGGAUUCUCUGCCAAGUCGCUUCUGGUUGGAGUGCAGAGAGAGCCAAGGGGACUGAGGACCAUGCUGUGGGCUUGAACGCCAUCUUCCUCCUCUUCAUGUCACGCAAGCCACAGGCCUUAGGCACCAUCCUGCCUCCCCUCAGCACCCUGGUGGGACCUAGGAAGGUAGCUCCAGCUGCUGAAGAGGAAAAAGGGGACAAAACUGAUGCAGGCACGAGCUCCCUUACAGCAUUGGCCAAGUCUGUGCAGACAGCGGAAGCCUUGUUACGCCAGCGUAUGAAACCCAGCUUGAUACGCCUGCUGCCACUGCAUCCCAGCAAAAACCCUGAGGACGGUGAUGGGGAGGGGGAGGAGGCCUUGCCUGGAGGCCUGGCCUGCCUGGCCCAGGUGGAACGCAGCUUCCUGGGGCUCAGCCACUGCCUGUGGGUGCGAGAGGAUCCACGCACAGAGACUUUCCAGGCCCAUGUGCGCCCAGAUGCAGCCCAGGGUACCUCCUUCUCGUACCAUGCAACACGGACCAGUGUGGCCCAUCACGCUGCCACCCUGCAUGCCCUGUUGCAGCACCGCCACCACUUGCGCCUCUCCCGCCACUACACCCAGCGGCUCAAGGCUGCUUCGGACUUUGUGCGCCACCUGAGGAUUGCAGAGCGUUCCCUGCUGUUGUCCAGUGGCAGGCAGGAUGCCGGCUGGGGGCCCCUGCUGCGGGGGCUGUGUGAGGGGCUGCGCACCCACGCUGCUCACUGGAACGAGCUUCAGCAGCACAUCCGCAGUGACCCUUGGCUACGGCCGCUGCUGCUCCAGAGGCAUGCGGUGGUUCUGCACAUGAAGGAAGCCUUCUCGUCCCUAGCCCUGCGUGCCCUCUGUCUCUUGGAGCGUUGUCUGGAGGCUCUGCUGCGUCACUUGGCCCGUGCUGCCUGCCUGCACCCAGCUCCACUCUCUGAUUUCUUCCAGGGGCUGGAAAUUUACAACCAGGUGGUGAGGGAACAGAUGCAGCAGCCCUUCUCAGUGGUGCUGUGGGCAGACCUGGGGCCCAACUCUGAUCAGCGAGGAGAGCCGGGUGGACCCUCUGCCUUUCCCCUUGAGAGGGUGCUGGGCAUUUUGGCAGCAGAGAGAGGCCAGCGGGCGGCCCAGAAACUGCGUCUGUUUCUCCUGGGGCUGCAGGCAAGCUGUGUGGACACAGCCCCCUGGAAGGGCAACGAUGAGCUCUGGCUCCUGGGUGUGGCUCCACCCGCAUCACAGGCUGUCGAGGAUCCCCCCAGCCUCUCUGCCGAGCUGCAGGCCCUGUGCCGAGAAGAGGAGGAGCAUCUUGUCCUGGUCCUGAGGAGACUUGUGGCUUCCACUGCCAGUCUUUGGCAUCACCUCCUCCGCCGGCCCAAGAAAGACAAGCCCCUUGAAUGCCCAGAGUCCUCUGGGGGCUCACGCUCUGCUUCCCUGCCUACCUGUAAGGCUGUGCACUGGCUGGACGCCUCCUACACUGAGACUGCUGGGGUGCUUUAUGCGCAGUACCUCCCACUCCUCUGGAGGGCCACAGCUGCUUCCCUGGUUCACCAGCUGGAGCUCCAUUCGCCCCUGGCGCAGUUCCACGCAGGGAUAGUCACCACUCUGGGCCAGCAACUUGGCCAUGCACUGUUACAUGCCUGCAUCCCCAAAGAAGGCACGGAAGAGCUGCGGGGCUUGUUGCUCCACCUGCUGAUGCGCGCGGCCCUCCAGCACUGGGACCAAGGUUUCUGCCGUGUGCUGGGCUCCAGCCUCACUGAUAAAUGUACAGCCAUGCCGUCCCAAGCCACAGAUGCAGCAUGCAGCCGCACGGCUCAGCUCCUCCAGAGCCUCUUCCUACCUUUGGCCUUCUCCCUGAGGGGCCUGGCUGCCUGGUCCCCUGGGAGCACAGCCGACAGCCUCCAUGCCUCUGUGGGCUGCCACUCGGUGCUUCUGUCCCUCUCCGUGGCCGCCAGCCAUGCCUCCUGCUACUGGAUCAUGAGCAAAGCCUCACAGUACUUGGCUUCCGGCUCCCUCAGCCAGUUCCUGCUCGUCACCCAGGGAGACUUGCAGCUGCUGAAGGCAGAGACAAGCCGGAUGGCAGCUCUGGCAAGUGCGGCCUCUUCUGGCAACAGGACGAAGCAGAGCCCCCUCUCUCAGCAGGAGCAGGAUUUGAGCCAGCAGAUCCGCUCCACUGUGGCCAGCAUCCAGCAUUUUGCAGAGGAUGUGCCAAGGCUGUUUUCCUCAGAAUGUAAGCGCAUGUCAGCGGAGAUCUUUAGCCAAACCAUGCCACGUGGCAAACACUGGCGCCUUGCCCUCCAAACAGAUGUGCCUUCCUCCCCCAGUGAGUAUGCCUCUGCUGCUGCCCAGGCUGUCCUGGGCCAAGUCCUGCCAGGCAUCCAGCGGCUGCCCCACGAGGCCCAGGAGCCAGCGCUCUGUCAGGUCACAACUGCCUUCUUGGAAGCCUGGAUGGACCACAUCCUGGCUCAGAAAAUCAAGUUCAGCCUCCAGGGGGCCCUUCAGCUGAAGCGGGACUUUGACCUGCUGAGGGAGCUGCUGCUGUCGGAAGAGUCCAGGCUCUCCCCCAGAAGCAGGCAGCGGGUGCUGUCCCUCAGAGUCUUCCAGCAGGCAGACAAUGCCAUCGCCUGCCUCCUGCAGCAGCCCAGCAGGGCCUCCUUGCCUUGGCAGACCUGGGACGCCCUCCACCAGUGCUGCUCUUACAAUGGAGUUCACACACAGGGCGGCGGCCCAGGUAGCAUCAACAGCCUGGAGAGCUUGGAAGGGCAAGCGGCCCAAGCGGCAGGUGCUGGGGAGAGCCAGGCCGGAGACCUGCUGAGCCGCACACAAGGAGCUGGUGCUGGCCCAGAGACCUACCUCAGCCCCCCACAGCAGGAGUGGCUGGCUCUGCGGCUGCACGGGGCCCGCCGCUGGGGAGUGCCUGGUCUCCCCUGCCUGUGCAGAGCCCCCGAACCCUGAAGGGCGCUGCUCAGACCCCGUGCCAGAGCAAGCAGCUGGCCUGCAGUAGGGCCCGGGGUUCUUCCCCCCCCUCCUCCACCUCCUCCUGCCCAGCAUGCCUUUACCUGCCUCAGUUGCCCUUGGGGCGGCCCCGGCGUGGGCUGGUGCCUCUCCCAGGCCUAGUUCGUGGGCUGGAGCUGCUAGAAGCUGUGCUUGGAAGCCGCUUGGGUUGCAGGGCCCUCCUCCACCCUUCCCCACACUGCUGGCCACUUUCAGCAGCUGCCCUUGCUCCCUCGGAGGGGGCUCCUCUGGCACAGCUUCAGUGUGGCUUCCCAGGGCCUUCAGGUGCAUGCCGUCCUGCUGGACCAGCUCCACUGCUGCAGAGGUGAAGGAGAGAGGCUGCCCCCGGGAGCAUCGGGGGUCUGGUUGCACAGUUGUGGUUGAGAAACGAACACGUGCCUCGGUGCUCGGUGCACAGUGGAGCACUCAAGGCCCUCCCUCCCACCAGAUGUGCCCUGGACCGUGUGUGUGUGUGUGUGUGUUUGAUGUGGGCCCCCUGAUCAUUCCUCCUGUUUUGCAAUUAAAAAACCUUUUUCUGCAGCCACCGAAGUCCCAUUUGAUUUGAGAAUGGAUAUGGAAAAACACACACACCGACUCCUCUGUCGGAUGGCUGGAAGCUUGCCUUCUGGAAACAGGCUCAGCCCCUGGUCCUGGCUGACAGCAGAGCGGAGGUUGGAACCGGUGGGCGGGGGCUGCUGACCGUGUUCUCUGCCCUUUGCCUACAGGAACCAAGGUGAACCUCCCCCUCCCCGCCUUGUCUGGCAGGUCCCGCUGCUGCUGCUCCCUCUCCACAUGCAUAUGAAUGACCGUGUCCUGCCAGCGAGGGCAGAGGCUGGGGGCGGGAGGUGGUGGAUGGCUUGGGUCAGUAGCCCACCCACUGGUUCCGUCCCAAGGGGUUUUUGGCCUAGCUUGGUGACGAGGACAGAAGGGGCCAUGCGGCGCUGCUAAGGGAAGCCCUCGGCAUUCCUGGCACCACCCAAGAAAGAAACCGAGGCUCAGGGUCCGUGAACUCGCUGAGAUGCCACACUAGAUAUUGACGUGGUAUCUUACAUGGAUGUGAAAAACGUGCACAAAAAUAAA